CUUAUGUCUGUAGCAACCAAAGCGUACAUUUAGGUAUAGUGAACAUUCCAACAUCAUACUCCGUUGAGCAAGGAACUACACCUUUUGAUUCGGUCUCUUUGGUCCCUAAACCCCUUUGGAGCUUUUGUAUUAGGGAUCCAGGGGAAAAGAAUCUACCUAUAUCCAAUUGGAACACAGCUACUUCCUUCGAUUGAUGGCCAUGAACAGACCGUCGCCAUCAACCCUGUCCAAGCUCAACAACAGGCUGAAGCUUCACUGCGGCCAUGGGUUAUCAUUCCCGACCAGGGCCUUUACGACUUCAGGGCCUCUGCGCCUCCGCACGACGGAGCUCGACGGACCCAAACUGAGCGGGCUGAAGGUCAACUCCGCCCGGCUCUGGGACACGAUCCACGCAACCGCGCAAUGGACCUCGGCCACGAGACCGAAGAUGGGCGAUGUCAAGACCGCAGGCCUCUCGCGCCUGGCACUCGGCGACGAGGACAGGUCCGCACGCGACUGGUUCAUCGCCACCACCCAGGCUCUGGGAUGCAGGACCCACGUGGAUCAGAUGGGCAACAUCUUUGCCAUCAGGCCGGGCCUGUCGUCGUCGUCGUCGUCGUCGUCCCGAUCUGGCCACAGAGUCGAAGCCCCAGCCACGUUCGCGGGCAGCCACUUGGACAGCCAACCCAGCGGCGGGCGCUUCGACGGCGUCUUGGGCGUCGCCGCGGGGAUCGAGAUGUUGAGGGUGCUGAAUGAGAACUGGAUCGAGACCGAGGGCGACGUGGGCGUGGUGAACUGGACCAACGAGGAGGGCGCCAGGUUUCCGGUGAGCAUGAUGGGGAGCUCCGUCUGGUCUGGGCGCAUCGGACUGGAGAAAGCCUGGAGCGUACGCAGCGUCAGUCCGGGACUGCCCCAGGCCACGGUCAAGGAUGAAUUGCAAAGGAUUGGAUAUCUGGGAGAUGCCCCUUGCUACCGUGACGGGAAACCCGGCACGCCCCUAGGCGCACACUUUGAACUGCAUAUCGAACAAGGUCCGAAACUCGAAAGAGCGAGACAAAAGAUUGGAAUCGUCGAGGGCGUUCAAGCUUACAAGUGGUUCACUGUUACAAUAACCGGGAGGGAAUCGCAUGCCGGGACCACGGAUUUCGAGAAUCGCGCCGACGCCCUUUAUCUUGCAGCCACCUUUCUGCACAAGAUCCGCAAAAUCGCGGAGAGUUUAAAGGGGUUGGCGACGGUGGGAAUAAUGAACGUCUCUCCUGGAAGCGUCAAUACCGUUCCCGGACAGGUCGAGAUGAGUUUGGAUCUGAGAAAUCCUCUCGAUAGGGGCCUGAAGAGGAUGGUCAACAAGAUCGAGGAAUUCAUUCAGCUGGUGAACGACGGGGACCAUAUGGACCCAUAUGACGCGAAGCAGGGAGCCGGCAAAAAUAUCAGAGCUUCUACAGCAUCUCCCUCAGAGAGGGUUUCAAGGUUGAAGGACAAUCCGCUCACGAAGAUCCGCGUUGGGAUGAAGGAAGAUUUUUCGAGCGAUGCCAUCACAUUUAAUCACGAGGCCAUCAAGUGUAUUGAGGAGAGCGCGCUGGCUGUCUUGGGAGGUGAUGCAAGCAAGCUCCAGAAGAUGACAAGCGGUGCAGGGCACGAUAGCGUCUGUACCAACGUGCACUGUCCCACGGGGAUGAUCUUUGUCCCUUGCAAAGAUGGCGUCUCGCACAAUCCGAGCGAGUGGUGCGAGGAGGAAGAUUGUGCUGUGGGGGCGAAUGUCCUUCUGCAUUCGGUGCUGAGAAUGGAUCGGCUGAGGAAGGAGCGAGGAGAUUUUGACUGAGAAGAAUCAAAGGAAGCAGGCAGAAAGCAGUGUGCGGGACAACAUCAAGGGAUGACAAAGGAAAUAAUGCCGCAACAGCGACGCGGUGACUGUCCAAGGGGGAAUUGUGGCCCCGGUGCAUGACAACUUGUCAUUGCUCUAUGUGAUUUCAUGGGAGUCUGCAAAGAUAUCAGAUCCGUUGCUCCUCCCAAGACAUGCUCAACUCUCU